AAUAUGAACACAAAACAGCUGUUCGCACGUCCUGUGCAUGAAAACCAACACACUUUGGUUGUCCAGAUACGCAGAGAUCAACCGGGUCUAUUGGUGGUUAAAAAUCGAUCUGGUGCUCACAGCCAGCAACAACAUCAUCUGUUAGCUCAUCCGCAUGUACACGCUAAUUCCCAAUCAAACGCAGUCUCACUGCCACAAUACGCACGAGACUUACGUGCCCAAAGUCCGAUUGGUCCAACAUAUUUCAAGCCUUUGCGCAAGCCCUUGAAGGUUAAGUUGACUAAUGCAAGAAUUAAAAAGCCUUUUAUGUACGAUAAGCCAACAGCAGGCAUUUAUAGCAAACUUAAAAGUUUACCGCUAGAGAUACAAAAUAUUGACAACGCGGAACCCCUCGCACCCAUUUAUACGGUAGCUGCUCCAAAUUUGGCAGUGCAACACCAACACAUAAGGCAUUUGGAACAUGCAAGCUCUUUACCUUCACGUGGGCACACAACCAAACUAAAAUAUACAUCUUCUAAAAGCAGCUAUUCUAGCGUGCAUGAGAAUGAAACAAAUGAUCAAACCAUCCGGGAUCCUAUUUCGGGCUCACAAAGAUUUAUUGCUCCAGAUCUAGAUCCCUCACUGAAAACGACUAAGCUCAAGCAUCCCACGGAAAGUUUUAAUAUACCUAGUAAUAACAAGCCGCUACCCUCAGAUGUACUAAACAAUCAUCUGCAUGCUCAGCCGCUGGUACAUAUACUAAGCGAUCAAACUGCCCCGCAGACGAUGCCAAUGUAUCCCAUUCAAUUUACACCGGUAGCAGCACAACCAAUCAUAGCAGCGGAUCAUAUGCCCAUUUACAACCCAGCAUAUUUAGUAAGUCUAUCCAAUCAGUUAUACACAAAGCAUAAGCAGCAGCUCUUCCAACCCAACACGGAUCAUGGCAGUGUAGUCAAAACUGGUUAUGUGAAUACAGAUCUAACUCAGGUUGUAGCAAGUAAUGGUCAAAUUCUUCAGGCAGCCAAAGACCCACAAAAGAAUAUUCAUCCAGUGCUACAAGGAGCCCCACAAUAUGAAGCACUUGUUGCUCCUUCAGCAGCGCAAAGACAGACUGGGCUGCCGAUCACGGAAUCAUCGCUGACUUUGACAAGUGCCAAGGAUGGUGGAUUUAUCGUGUCCAACUUUUAUAGCAAUUCACGCGAAUCUUCGGCAUAUGCCGAUAAUAAAGCACAUCGACAGCAUCUGGAAACUGACCCAGCUGCCUUUGAACUUCAAAGGCAGCAAGACUUACCGCAGAUAUAUUUGGAGCAUGUGCAUUUACAUGACCAAGACCAACUCCCUUUGAGGGAAUUGUAUAUUCAAACAAAGUCACCGGAGUCCACAGAAACAUCUUUUGAGAAUAAUCAGCGGCUGAUAAAUAAACACCUUGUUGACCAUACACCCUUGCGAAUUUUUGUGCCAGAUGAAGAAACAACCUUUGAAACGCAGCGUAAACAAAAUCGGUCAGAUGGAGCUUAAAAUAUUUUGCUGGCAAUAAACAUUAGCAAGGUUUCUGAAAACGUUGCAGGAAAAAAAAAAUCACGGAAU